GGAUUUUUCAGUUUAGUUCUUUGCUAAACUUAGACGAGUGAGGAACAGUGCGCGCACUUCGGUCGCCAAUCGGAAGACAAUGCAAACCAAGUUAAUUGAGAUACCAUUCGAAAAGUGGUCCCAGUUACGUAAUUUAUAUCAACAUAAUAAAAAUCGUGCCAUCUCCUACAACACAAUACAGACAUUUAUCGAUUGGGCUAAAAAAGAUCCGAAUUUGCCGUUAAAAAUCUACACCCCAAGCAGAGAAUGGGAAGUCGACGGUACAUAUGUGGCCGCGGCCCCUAUGAUAAAACAGAUAUUCUGCAAUACCUUGAAAGAUGACUACAACAUUUUAUUGACCGCCUUGAACUGCUUCGAUAAUUCACACAUGGUCGGAGGCACGCCGGAACAUUUAAUGCCUGCAGUGGAACAGCAUUUCCUUGACUCGGGUCUAACCAAGGAUCAAAUUAUGCCUACCGGCACCUGUUGGCAUCACAUCACAAGAGAGGAGGCCUUAAAGUUUGACACAGACCUACCAGAGAAUAUAACUACCAAAGGCUUAAGUGAAUGUCACGCAGAACAGGUAAACCGGGUAUGGCCCCACAGAACGGAGGGUUCUGUAAAGUUUGUAAAACAUCUCAUAAAAUACAACAAAAGUGUGGGUCUAUUCGAUGGUGAUAAAUUGGUGGCUUGGUGCCUGCUAUUACCUUUGGGAUCCUUGGGUCUACUGCAAGUCGAAGAGUCGCAUCGGCGUAUAGGUCUGGGUAAAUUGGCCGUAAAACUUAUGUCCAAGUAUCUGGCCGAGAAUGGAGUUGAUAUUACAGCAUCAGUAGUCUUUGCGAACGUGCCCUCACGUUCCAUGUUCAAACAAUUGGGUUUCACUAUAAUCGACAAUGUCUAUUGGACAUCUAAAAAAUGAGUAGAAUCUCAAUGAUAGUAGACAUCUAUCUAUUAAAUGAUCUAGGAUUAUUAUAUAUGUAUGUAUAUUUAAAAUUGCUUCAAAAUAGGGAGGACCAUGAAAAAGUAUUUUAUCUAAAAAUUUUUAGUCCAAGUCCCAGCCGCUUUGUUUUUAAACCCAAUAUAUAAGGUAUUAUUUUUUAUUAUUUUUUUUUUAUUUCAAUAUAUAUCUAAAUAUUACAAAUAGCAACUUCUUCAAUAUUAAAAAAAAGGAAGAAGGAACCAGAAACUUAUUAAAAACAAAAACAACUACUACCUUUAAAUAGUUCAAAUUAAUUUUAUUAACAAUUUCAUCAUUUAAUGUGAAAUUGCAUAAAAAUAAGAGAGUUACUUA